AUGGUCCGAGCAGAUGCGAAGUUAAUGCCCGGGGUGUUUUAUUUCCACGCAUCGAGUGUCUGUCAAUUAAUAGAAUAUUUGUCACAUAAAUUAUCCUCGACAAAUAUCCUUCCGGUGUUUAGAGCGCAUCAUAAAACUAUUCAGUUGCCCUUAUUAUCCGGGACAAUAGCGAGGGGGGGCCGGGCGGGGGGGCAGCUCGCGGGCCGCACCGCAAAAACUGCACCCGACUUAAUUAUAAAGAGACAAGAAGCGCCAUUAAAUACCGAUUCGUUAAAUCUACGCUCUCGUGUUAACACCGCGGUGCUCCGUCUCUUUCCACCAUCGAAGGGACUGAGAGGAACGGCAGUACGUCUCCCGUGA